AUGAAUAUUGCCAAGGGAACAAUAUUCCUCCUCCUGCCGGGACUUGGCAUGGUGGGGAACCUCUAUGUCUUUGUGAAUUACGUGUGGACUUUCUUUCUGAAUGCAGAGAAGAAACCUAUACACAUUAUCCUCAUCCACUUGACUUUUACAUAUAUCAUAAUGAUUUUGACCAAAGGAAUGCCACAGGUGAUGGUAGCUUUUGGUGUGAAAAACUUCCUACAUGACACGGGCUGUAAGAUGGUUAUUUUCUUGGGGAGGGUGGCUCGGGGCCUGUCCAUCUCCACCUACAGCCUCCUCACAGUGGUCCAGGCCAUCACCAUCAGCCCUAGGACCUCUAUAAAAUCCACUGAAAGCGUUCUCCUUCUGAUGCUUUGUUUUCUUCUCUUUUACUGGAUAGAUUCCAUUAUUACUUCAUAUGUAAAUUACUCCCUGCAGAAGCAUUUCAUACUCAUACUUGUUCAUGAACUUCUAAGCCUUGGUCAUGUUAACCUCAGCCCCUUUGUGAUGAUUUAUAGAGACAGACGACUCUCUAAGUGUUGGCACAUCUGGAAGACUUGA